UGUAUGACCCGUGAACGAGGUUGCAGAACACGAUAAAAUGUCGGAUCAAGUUUGCGUUACUGUUCGACUAAUCCGUUCGUUCGAGUAUAAAAACAUUCACAAUUUUGUAUACCAUGCAGUUGACAUUGAACAAAACGGGUCGCUUUUCCUAUCUUUUGUAAAGGAAAACAUCAAAAGCCGCAAAGGAUUGCCACCUCCUGUGAAGAACCAUGUUUAUGAUGCUAUGAAAAUCCAACAUAAGGCACAUGGUUAUAAAUCUUCUGAUCCAGUGAUAAACGUGGAAAACGAUGAAAUGUUUUUCAUAGACCUGAAUAAAACAUUAAAAGAAAACGGAGUUGAAAAUGAGACGGAGAUAUCAGUUUUCAACCUUGGAGAAUACAGACAAUAUCAGAAGAAUCCUGAAGUGAAAUGGUAGAAGUGUUCUUGGCUUAAAAAAAGAGCGCUCAACCAGCAGAUUCUAUAUUACUUGCGUCUUCGUGAUGCUUCAAUGUUGUACAACAUGUACGUUUCUCAAUCUAUGAUAUUAGCGA